UGAAUUUUUUUUACCGGCAGCCCUCUAAGGGAUGAAAAAAAAAAUGCCUCCUCAAUGGCUGGAGAUGCUCUUAAUGGACACGGGCACACGGUCUUCUUCUUCGCCUCUAUAGACUCUGGAAUAUCCAUAUGGCCACCGCCGGCGCUGUCGUUGACCGGCUCCUACGCCGGCUGGCCUCCGACGCUCGCCGGUCGGAGCUACCCUCGGGCGUAGACGAGCACGUGGCGCAUCUGUGGCGAACUCUGGCGGGGUUGCAAGAUGUGCUGGUUAGUGUGGAGAGAUAUUUUAGGGUGCGUACGGAGGUGCAGGAUUGGAUGGCGAAGAUAAAUCAGAUUGUCUAUGACACUGAACAUCUCUUGGACGAGUUUGAAGACCAAAAUGGCAUCGGAUCUGAGAGGACCGGCUGUAUUACAAAGGCAACAUCAUUGUGUUCUUCAUGUCCAUUUUUCUUGUACGAUACCAGAGUGAAUAGAAUGAAGAUACUCAGAAAAAGGUUGGAUCUUUUAGCAAGAGAUUCUGUGGUUUUCAGUUUGAUGCAGCACCCAAAGUCUGAUCUUGAGCAAUCUGAUAUCCAAGAAGAGUUCUAUAGAGCUGCAAUUGUUGGAAGAGAUAGUGACAAAGAAAAAAUAAAGGAAUUAAUGUUGGAAAAUAAUACAGAAACAUUGUCCAUCAUUCCCAUAGUUGGCCUUGUUGGUUUGGGGAAAACAGCUCUUGCCAGAUUAAUUUUCCAUGACCAGGGAGAAGGGUGGAAUUUAGAUCUUCGUAUUUGGAUCGACUUAAAUAGGAAAUUUGAACUUAAAAACAUUGCUGCUGAUAUAAUCACACAAGCUAAUGGAACAAAAGAAGGACCCUCAGAAAUCAAUACCAACAUUCAGAUCCAUGAAAAUCUCCAAUUGCUAAAGAAUCGUUUGCAGAAGACACUUCAUGACAAACGUUGUCUAAUUGUCUUGGAUGACCUUUGUAGCAUAGAUAAAAGCCAGUUGGAUGAACUGAAGGAAAUGCUCAGGCGUACGAACAAGUGGAUCAAGGUUUUGGUGACCACUUCCAGUGAAAUAACUGCAGAGCUAAUGCACACCUUCCCACCGUACGAGUUGUUUCCAUUGUCUGAAGAUGACUGUUGGGAAAUAUUUUCUGAAAAAGCUUUUGGGGAUGGAGGUACUGUUAGUGCAUGCCUGAAGAAAAUUGGGAAGCAAAUUGUGAAAAGAUGUGAUGGAAUACCAUCUUUAGCUCAUUUUCUUGGUUCAGUAGUGCACAAUCAAGUCAUGGAUGUCUGGUUAGCAGCAAGGGAUGAACCAAUAUGGAAAUUAGAGAGCACAUAUUCCAUGAAAGUUAAAGUGUUUUCAUCACUGAAUCAAAUAUACUAUGACAUGCCCUCAGCGCUGAAACUAUGCUUUCUAUAUUUAUCAGUAUUUCCUAAGGGAUCUAUUAUUGAUAAAGAAAAACUUAUCAGACAGUGGAUUGCGCUUGAUAUUAUUGGAUCAAAACAUGGAACUUUGCCAUCCUAUGUGCAGGCGGAGAUGUACAUUCAGGACCUUCUGUCAAUACAUUUCCUCCAAGUCAGGAAGACACAUUCAGUUAAUGGAAUGGAGAUCAGUACAUCUCCUACAACACUCUACAUGCAUAACUUCGUCCAUGAAUUUGCAAGGCAUGUUGCUUGCAAUGAUAUUAUUAUUUUGGGUGAUAGAGAAAUGAAUGAUAAUGCAAAAGAGCUCUCCUUCCAAUAUGCAUUGUUGACCCAUUACAAAGGGCGAUCAACACUUUGCAGUGCAUUGCUCACAAGGGCAAGGGCAUUACACUUCCUGAAUGCUGAGGCUAUAAAGCUCCAUGGAGAAGCAUUUGAAUUACUGAAGCAUCUGCGUGUUUUGAAUCUCAGUGGAAGCUGCAUUGAAGAAAUACCUGCUUCCAUUGGCCAUUUGAAACAUCUAAGAUACCUUGAUAUUUCUGGCUUGAAAGUUCAGACAUUACCUUCUUCCAUGAGUACGUUGAUAAAUCUUGAGGCGUUGGAUCUAUCAAAUACUUCUCUCAAGGAAUUGCCCUCUUUCAUUGGUUCUUUAGAGAAGCUAAAAUAUUUGAACCUGCAAGGCUGUGACAUACUUCAAAACUUGCCUGCAACCCUUGGUCAUCUCCAAACACUAGAGCAUCUUAGGCUGUCAUGUCGUUAUGAUGUUGGUGAGCUAGCUGACUCUCUCUGCAAUCUUCAGGAUCUUCGGUUUAUUGAUUUGUCAAGCUGCACUGAGCUUCCACAGUUGCCUCCUUCAUUUGGUAAUUUAAUGAAAUUGGAGGAUCUAAACCUGUCUAGUUGCUUCAACCUCAAGCAGCUACCAGAAUCUUUUGGCAACCUCUAUCUUCUUAGGUCUCUGAACAUGUCAAGCUGCUAUGAGCUCAAACAAUUGCCUGGAUCUUUUUGCAAUCUCGUCAAGUUGGAAGUCCUUAUACUUAGGAGAUGUUGCAGACUUCAAAACCUCCCUCCGUCCUUUGGGGAUAUCAAGAACCUUCGAAUUUUGGAUCUAACUGGCUGCGAGGCACUUCAUGUAAGUGUUGGGAUGUUAACAACCAAUUUGGAGUAUCUGAACCUACAGCAAUGUCUUAAGCUGCCGACUCGGCCUAACUGUUUAAAUAACUUCACUGGACUGAAGUUUUUGGAUCUCUCAUGGUGCCUCCCUACCAUUGACUGUCUGCAAUCUCUUGGCUACUUGUUCAAUCUUGAAUAUCUGAACUUGUCGCAAAAUCCUCUCGUCAUACCUGUGUCUUUUGUGAGGCUUCAGAAGCUGCAUACGUUGGACCUCACUGGUUGUGCUCUUGAGCAUCCAUCCCAUAGUUUACCUCAGAUGUUCCUAGAUAUCAUACAUAAAAUGACAGGACUGAAAUUUCUGUUGACGAAAGAUCCGUUGAUAGUGGCCUGUCUUCCACCAUACAUCCGGUGCUCUGUUAGGAUUGCUGAAAACUGGCACAUAACUACCGACGAGCUUGUUAUUCCAGACCUCACAAGAGGGUCCAGGGGCUUAACUAUUGCAGAGAGAGCAAAUCUGAAGAAUCGUCCAGAGCUACGUUUCCUUAAGCUGGAGUGGACUAAUACUUCUCAUCCAGCUGUGCGUGGAGUAGAUGAAGAUUUAGGUGAAGAAGUUCUGGAAAAGCUCCAACCACACCAGGGUUUAGAGCAUUUUGAGCUAGUUGGGUAUUCAGGAUUUGCAUGGCCUACAUGGAUGAUGAACAACAUGGUGACUUUACUCCCCAACCUUGUCAGACUCCAUCUGCUCUGGCUUGGAAACUGUAAAGAUCUUCCUCCACUGGGCCAGCUCAUAAAUUUGCGGCACUUGCAUAUAGAAGAUAUGCCUAACCUUGUAAAUCUAGGUAUGGGUCUUUCUGGGGGCACACACCCCUUCAAGAAAUUAAUACACCUCAAAUUGGAAAAUUUACUAAACCUAGAAGAGUUGCCUAUACUGUUGUUGACGAACAAUGGGAAUCAGCAGUUCAUGUUCCCUGCUCUUGAGGAAUUGUCCGUGCUAUCCUGCCCUAAUCUCAUGUUCAAACCAUCUCUGCCAAAGUGUCGGAAAUAUGGAAUAAAAGAUAGUAACAGGAUUCUGUCAUGUGGGGAACCUUUGGGGCCACUGUCAUCUCCGUCACCAGCAAACAUAAUGAUUACUGGGUGCAGGAUAUCUUCCAGUUGCUUGCAAUGGCUUGAAUCCUUGCAUACUAUCGAGAAAAUAGUAAUUGAUGCAUGUGUGGGGGAUGAUCGGGAAGCAGUAAUCUCUUUGAAGCUCCUGGAGGUAAAAUGCACUCAAGAAUCAUCCAGUAGCAAGAUUCGGAAUGAAAAAACAAAUCAAAGUUCAUCUGGGACAAGGAUUUUAAAUGAAUUGACCACUCAGGAUGAUGCCUAUACGAAUACUCGCCAUGUUGUGGAUGUGGACUCAUUGGGCUGGCAAUCCGCCGGUGAAUCAUCCUUGGUAUCUUUACAAAAAACCCCAGCCACAACAGGCCUUGGUACCUCAAUAAUCCGGAAACUUUUCCCGAAGUUUAAUACCAGUCCGGGACAAUCAG